AUGCGCCCUGAGGGGUUCCGGAUGGUAUCACGCCCGAUGAAACCGGUCCAGGAAGCUUUCAAGAUGUUGCCGGUACCAAUACCAUCGCCCAAAAAGAAUGCUGUUUACGGUACCAGCAAGCCCUACUAUGCUAUUCCCCCUCGCAGUUGUCUACAGAGCUCGGCUUCGUCAAUAUCCUUUUACCAACAGUAUUUUGAUCUGCGAAGCUGGAAUACCUCUCAAGAAAGUGCCUUGUCCAAGGUAUCGAGGCAUGACAAGACUAACCCAUAUAACUCCACCUUAAAGAUGUUGGAAGCACGUCUCGAGCAAGCUGAUCUCCUGAAGAAGAUCGUCGAUGCGAUCAAGGAUCUUGUCCAGGACUGCAACUUCGACUGCAAUGAUUCCGGUGUCGCGCUCCAAGCCAUGGACAACUCCCACGUCGCGCUCGUCUCUAUGAUGCUCAAAGCCGAGAGUUUCUCCCCAUACCGAUGCGAUCGCAACGUCGCCCUUGGUCUCAACCUCACAUCCCUCACCAAAGUCCUCCGCGCCGCGCAAAAUGAAGAUAUUCUCACCAUCAAGGCAGAAGACGCGCCCGACGUGCUCAACUUGGUGUUCGAGAGCAGCGAGAGUGAUAGAUUGAGCGAAUAUGACUUGAAGCUCAUGGAUAUUGAUCAGGAGCACUUGGGUAUCCCGGAUACGGAGUAUGCCGCCACCAUUAGCAUGCCUUCCUCUGAAUUUAGCAGAAUCUGCAGAGAUCUUAUGGCCCUGUCCGAGUCCGUUGCUAUCGAGGCCUCCAAGGAUGGUGUUAAGUUCUCCUGCUCUGGAGAUAUCGGCAAUGGCGCAGUGACCCUCCGAAGCCACACAAAUAUCGACAAGCCUGAUAUGAACGUCGAAAUCGAGCUCACUGAGCCUGUCUCCCUUACCUUCUCCCUCAAAUACCUGGUCAACUUCUGCAAGGCUGCUGGCCUCUCGAAGUCUGUUAAGCUCUGUCUCUCCAACGAAGUCCCUCUGCUAGUUGAGUACGGCCUCGCUGGAAGCAGUUACCUGCGAUUUUACUUGGCCCCUAAGAUCGGCGACGAAGAAUAG